AUGCGAGAUGCGGCAUUUUGCGACGUAACUCUGCGACCACACGAAGGAGAAGCUCUUAAAGCUCAUCGCUGCAUUCUAGCAACAUGGUCACCAGUUUUCGCGAAAAUGUUCAGCAGUGGCUUGCAAGAAGAGAAGAAGAGCUCCGUUCACAUACAGGAUACAGACGGCCCUACAUUAGAGAAGCUGAUUUCGUUCAUGUAUUCUGGCGAAUUACCUCUGGAAACGGCAACCAUGCAGGAAGUUAAACUGCUAGUGGCAGCGGAUAAAUACCAAGUUUUAGAGCUCAAAGAACACUUGUGCUUGUCUCUGUGCAAAUUCCUAAGUGAUGACAUUGUGUUCGAGGCAUUCAAAGUAGCUGACAUGCACGAUGCCCCUUCAGUGCGGCAAGCCUGUGCAGAUUAUAUUCUCAAGAAGAUGGACCGAAAAGCAAGCUCCCCUAUUAUAAUGGAAAUGCUGCUUGGGGAAGACCCAUAG